GAUGUAAGAAAAAAAUAUUAAAAUACUGAAAACCCCCAACUAAAUUUGAAUCCUUAUUGAUGUUUACGCUUCAUCGAUUGAUUCUUCCUCCAAUAUUAUAUCUCACACCAACUUCGUAAUUCGUCAACUUUGUCACGUGCCCGCGCGUGACCGAACCUUCUAGAACUAUCUCAGAUCGAACUUCAUUCAACGCGCUUUCACUUUCAUUUCAACUCAUUUUCCUUCCAUCAAUCACAACCGCGAAACGCAAAGUAAUGGCGGAAGAGAAAACGGUUACUACCGCCGGUGGCGAGAAGAAAUCGACGGCGAGUGACACUGUUACUUCUUCUACUUCUCCGGCGGGAAAUGGAAAGAAGAAGCGUAAAGGUUUCGUUUCUCGAAUUUGGAAUUUUGUAUUUAGGUCUAAUAAAGAUGAUUUUGAGAAGAGGCUUCAGUGUAUUUCCAAAGAAGAAACUUCUGUUAUGACUAGAAUGAAUAACAGAUCCCGUUCUUGGAGGCGAACCUCUCGCCACAUUAUUCUUUUUUCUGUUUUAUUUGAGAUAAUUGCUGUAUCUUAUGCGAUUAUGACCACAAGAUCCACAGAUAUGAAUUGGAAAAUGAGGGCGAUUCGAGUUUUGCCGAUGUUUCUUUUGCCUGCCUUAUCAUCUGCUGCAUAUUCAACAUUUGUAAGCUUCAUAAGGAUGUGUGAUCGCAGGGACCAGAAAAUUCUUGAUAGGCUGAGAGCUGAAAGGAAGGAAAAAAUUGACGAGCUCAAGGAGAGGACAAAUUAUUACGUUACUCAACAACUCAUUCAGAAAUAUGACACAGACCCUGCAGCAAAGGCAGCUGCUGCAACUAGUUUGGCAUCCAAAUUGGGUGCAGAUUCGGGUUUGAAAUUGUAUAUGGAAGAUGAAUCUAAAUCUGGUGCUCCAGCAGGAAAGGCCAACAAUGUUGAACCUGUGCAGUCUAGUGGACUUCGAAAUCGCAAACAAGGGCAAACUCAAUCCACUAAUCUGGGGACAACUACCCCAAAUCACACUGAUCAGCAAUUAGUUGCUUCUGGGGGUGAUCAAACUCAGACUCGUGUGCAGAAACAGCCUGUAGUUGUUGAGCAUCACCAACCUCAAAGCUCAAAUAAGUAUGCUGGAGGAUGGAUUGCUCAAAUUGCAGCAUUGCUUGUGGGUGAGGAUCCGCUGCAGUCUUACGCACUCAUAUGUGGUAACUGCUAUAUGCAUAAUGGUCUUGCUCGGAGAGAUGAUUACCCAUUUAUCACUUACUACUGCCCACACUGUCACGCCCUGAACAAACCAAAGCAAUUGGCUGAGCCCAUUUCUGGUUUUAAUUCACCAAACACGGAGCCCCAAAAAACAGAUGCUGGAGAGGCAGUUAAAAGUGCUGGUAUCGAUGCUUCUGACAGCUUGGCUAGAAAUAUUAAACUGGUAAAGGCUACCCCUGAGAUUGAGCACAUAUCUGAAGGAGCUGAUUUAGAGAAAGAAACAAACCACGACUCUGGUUUUAAUUCACUAAACACGGGAUCCCCAAAAACAGAAGAUGGAGAGGCAGUUAAAGAUGCUAGUAUCUGCGCUUCUUCUGAUAGCUUGGUCAGUAACAUUAAACCGGUAGAUGCUACCCCUGAGUGCGAGCAAAUAUCUGAAGGGUGGACUAAUUUAGGGAAAGAAGAAAGCUGAAAAAGAAUCUUUAUUUGGACUCGGGUUGUUUGAAUACAUUAGUCUUGCCCCUUGUUCCAUGAGACUCACUAACUAUAAAGAGAGCAACUUUGCAGUUAGUUGUGACAGGAAUAGUGUUGAUGUAUUACUUUGAAACUUGUAAUAAUAUAUAAAUAGUAAUACGUAGGAUAGCAUAUCUUGCAUGUGAUUUAUGGAAAAUUUUGGGAUUUGAUUUAUCGUUGAUGUAUUUUUUAUUUGCUAGGACGGUCAUAAAGAGUUGAACUGUAUGUAAGAGUCAAAUGAUUUAUUAGAGUUAAUGUUGUGCGUCA